AUGAGUCUUACAGCUGGUGGUCCGCAGCCCACGGCUAGCAUCGAGAGAACGCCUCCAGCGUUGGAUGCUGAGAAGAGUGUCGGUUACAAUGCCGGGUCUAUCAGCCCCGACCCCAGCACCAACGAAGUGGACAUUGAUGGAGAGAAAGUCCAAGAGUUCCAGAGGGGCGUGGAGCGCAUUCGCAUCAUUACAACCAUCUGGGACAAGCCUACGCUGAUCAGCAUGUUUAUUCUCUUGUAUCUCAUCAGUUUCGUGGAUAUGCUGCAGAACUACAUCGACUCCGGUCUCAACCCAUAUGUCACAUCUGAAUUCGCAUCGCACGGCUUGCUCACCAUAGGAUCCGUCAUCUCCACAGCACUUGGUGGCUGCACCCCACUCACCAUGGCCAAAGUCAUCGACAUCUGGGGCCGUGUCGAGGGAUUCUGCUUCAUGCUCCUGGUCUGCGUCUGUGGCAUGAUUGUCAAGGCUGUGUGCACCAACGUGCAGUCUUACAUUGGCGGCCACGUCCUCUACUGGGUUGGGCACAUUGGACUUCUUUACGUUGUCGAUGUCAUGUGCGCCGAUAUCACGUCGCUCAAGAACCGCAUGAUCAUCUACGGCAUCAACGAAACACCCAGGAUCGCUGCCACCUUUGCCGGUCCCGAGCUCGUCAACAAAUUCCUGCUGGGCCCGGGUUGGCGGUGGGCUUUUGGAGCCUUCACCAUCAUUCUCGUUGCUUGCAGCAUUCCUGCAAUGGCUCUCAUGCUCUUCAUGUACCGCAAAGCUCGCAAGGCUGGCUAUGUGCAGAAGCAGAGAUCUGGCAGGAGCACGAUGCAGUCGAUUGCCUACUACGCCAUCGAGUUUGACAUUUUCGGUAUUAUUUUGAUCAUGGCUGCGUUCUGCCUGUUCGUGUUGCCGUUCACGCUCGUCGCCUACGCCCCGCAGGGAUGGAAGACGCCAUACAUCAUCGCUAUGAUUGUCCUCGGGAUUCUGCUCUUCCCCACCUUUGCUGCUUAUGAAAAGUACCUGGCGCCGGUCCCGUUCCUUCCGUGGAAGUACCUGCGGGAGCCGACGAUUCUCGGCUCAUGCAUCCUGUACGGUGUCAUGUUCCUCUCGGUGUUCUGCUGGAACGGAAUGUACAACUCGUACCUACAGGUGGUGCACAGGCUGAGCGUCCAGCACGCCGGCUACAUCCUGAACUCGUUCUCGCUCACCUCGUCCGUCUUUGCCCCACUCAUCGGAGGGCUCAUCAGCUACACUGGAAACUUCAAGUGGGUUGCCAUGACGGGCGUUCCGAUCCUGCUCCUCGGAACGGCGCUGUUGAUUCCGUUCCGACAGCCCGACUCUCCCGUCGGCGUCCUGGCUCUCACGCAGGUGCUUGUGGGACUCGGGACCGGCAUCUUCGCACAGUGCGGCCAGCUCGCCAUCAUGGCACCCGUCACGCACCAGCAGAUUGCCAGCGUCAGCGCGCUGUGGGGCCUGUUUGGCGGGUUCGGAGCGUCGAUUGGCUACUCGAUCGCAGGCGCCAUCUGGAACAACGUCACCCCCGGCAAGCUGCACGAGCUCCUCCCCGAGGAGAGCAAGAACCAGUCCCGUCUCAUAUUCGGCGACAUUGUCACGCAAAUGUCUUUUCUGGACGGCACGCCCGAGCGCGCGGCGGUUGUGGGUGCGUACGCGCACUCGCAGCGCUUGAUGGUGGUUGCGGGCGCGUGCUUUGUUCCGCUCUGCAUUGCGUCUAUUUUCAUCUGGAAGAACAUCAACGUCAAGAAGCUGGAGGAAGAGCGGGGCAAGCAGACCAAGGGCUUGGUGUUUUAG